UCUCUCCUCCUCCUCCUCCUCCUCCUCCUCCUCCCCUUCUUCACACUUAUCCUCCUCCUCCUUCUUCACCAGUGUCAGCUCAAAACUUGUUGUGGCUUAAUUAGCCUUUCCUCUGGAGCGGGUCACACGUUCAAUUUGCAUGAGUCUCAUUCCUCUUACCUGGUGUUGUCCCGCGACUUGGGACCCCCUCCAUCAUCUCUUCUUCUUUCUUCCUUCACCCACUUUCUGAAAGAUGAACCCUCACAUAUCUGUUCCCCGCCAACAUGCCAGUCCAUUGAAUUUCGGCGGUACUACGCCUGCCAGCCGUAGAUCCAGUAUACGGAUGCCGCGCUUCUUUAAAAGGCUAUUCAAGUUCCCGCAGAUGGAUUUCGAGAUGGCAAUCUGGGAGAUGACCUCUCUGUUAAUUGCGCCCAAGAAAGUCUUCAAGUCAAUAUACUACCAUGUACAAACGAAGAAUACCUGGCAUCGCCCGGAUCCAUCUUUCACCUACCUGCUCUCCUUCUUCCUUCUUCUCACAGCCCUCGCGUGGGGCCUCGCCUAUGCGCCGUCGUUUGUGUCCAUCGUUCGGCUGUCUCUGAUUUUAAUCUUCGUUCAUUUCAUCGGGUCCUCACUUCUGGUCUCGACGUUAGGAUAUCUCAUGAUUCCCCGCCUAUUCCGCCCUGAUGGCGCCGCAGCCUCCCUCACUGGAUUUCGAGGUAGUCGUGGUCGGCGGCGUGGCGCGGCGCAGGGCUUGUUCACGCAGCCUGGUGAAAAGGACCAGCUGGAGUUUGGGUACUGCUUUGAUGUAUCAAUUCGGGCAUACUUUCCCCUUUAUCUGCAUCUUUAUGUUGUGCAGUUUCUUCUUCUGCCACUGCUCACCCGCAGUCCAAGCAAUUUCCUGGCUACUUUCCUCGGCAACACGCUCUACCUGUCUGCACUGACAUAUUACACCUAUAUUACAUUCUUGGGAUACAAUGCCCUUCCCUUCUUGCACAACACCGAGCUACUCCUGCUCCCUAUCCUAGCAUUCGCGAUAUUGUGGCUUGUCAGCCUAGUCGCCGGAUGGAGCCUGGUCAUGCAAGGCCAGAUCCUGGAGGUCUUGGUCUGGGGCGCAUAAGCACUGCCCUGUGCUCGAGCUGGUGCUCGAGCUGCUCCCCCUCAAGAGCAUCUCCUCUUCGCCACUAUAGCUGCAAUGUAUGUAAGUCUUAAAUUUUUUUAUCUCAGCGCCGGCGUAUAUGUCAUCUUGUCUUGGUGCUGCAAUCACUCGGUCAGUCAUGGUCCACUGAUUUAUGAUAUUAUCUUCCGCCUUCUCGUUUCAUAUAGGAGGUCCCAGAUUCCAGGUUGAAGGAUUUGCAGGGUAUUUUAUCUGACAACCUACUGUUAAUGGAUGUGAAAAUCUGUUCCACCUGUUAGUUGAAACAGAAGUACUUUCGUGCUGUACAGCAUAUCUUCUGGAUAGAUAUAACGCAUGAUCUCAUGCCAUGUGUGUGGCUCUGUAUUUCUGCCAAGGACUUGAUAGAGAAGACUAGAAGGG